GUAGAGUUUCUCAAUCUGUCACUUCGCUGGGUGGAGUGUUGUUUGAUGGAGGAAGGAAAAAUCGGAUACAGGAACUCCAUGACUUUCUGACAACUCCUGUGAACUGACUUCCGAUGAAUACUUCACCCGAUAGCGUGUUGUUAUCUUUUCACCGUUAUACCUGUUAGCUACUCUUUGCGUUAUCUUACAACUGUGGAACAACAUCCGAGCGCCUGUGUCAGAAGUUAACAUGCUAACCACCGCUAGCUGCUGCUACUUGACGUAGCUAUGGUUCAUCUGCUAGAAACUGCCAGCGAAAAGAGCGGUAGUUUGAGUGUCACGACUAUUUUUUUUUUUUUUUAGCGACAAAGUGAGCGGCUUUUUGACCGAUUUUGCCUUCUAGAAAACGAAGCUAUCAAACUGUCACAGAAAUGGGACUACACCCGCUGGAGUUUAGUGAGUGCUAUCUGGACAGCCCCGGCUUCAGGGAGAAAAUAAAGGCACACGAAGCAGAGCUGGACAAGACUAACAGAUUUAUCAAAGAACUGUACAAAGAUGGGAAGAACCUCAUCAAUGCAACAAAGCAGCUUGGGAUGGCGCAGCGAAAGUUUGCUCAGUGCCUGGGGGAGUUUCAGUUUGAGUACAUCGGCGACGCAAAGACAGAUGAUGAGAAAUGUAUUGAUGAGUCUUUGCAAGAGUUCUCCUCAUUCCUCAAGAACCUAGAAGACCAAAGAGAGCUGAUGAUGAGAAACAUCACAGAAACCUUAAUGAAACCCCUGGAGAAGUUCAGGAAAGAUCAUCUUGGUACAGUAAGGGCGGAAAGAAAGAGGUAUGAGAAAGAAACGGAGAAGUACUACAGCUCUCUGGAAAAGCUUCUGAAUAUGUCGGCAAAAAAGAAAGAGCCACAACUAAACGAGGCAGACAGCCAGGUGGAAACCAUGAGGCAACAUUUUCAGGAGGAGUCCCUGGACUAUGUGUGCAAACUGCAGGAGAUCCAAGAGAGAAAGAAGUUUGAGUGUGUGGAGCCGAUGCUGGCCUUCUUUCAGACGGUCUUCACCUUUUAUCACCAAGGCUUUGAGCUCGCCAAGGACUUUGACCAUUAUAAAAAAGCACUACAGAUCAAUAUUCAGAAUACAAGGGGUCGAUUUGAGGGUGCGCGAUCAGAGGUGUACGAGCUGAUGAAAAGGAUCAGGGAGACUCCUCAAGAAUACAGACAGACGAGCCCUAUCAGUUGUGAAGGCUACCUCUAUGUACAGGAAAAACGGCCACCCCCUUUUGGUUCAAGUUGGGUCAAACGGUACUGCACUUUUGUCAAAGAGCAGAAGAUCCUGCACAUGGUGACAUUUGACCACAGAUCUGGUGGGAAGAUUGGUGAGAGAGAGUCUGUCACACUCAAAUCCUGUGUCCGCAAAACGACAGACGUGUUGGACAGGAGGUUCUGCUUAGAACUCGACAUAACAGAUCGGCCAGGGACAGUGCUAACUGUACAGGCUCUGUCAGAGGAUGACCACAAGUUCUGGAUGCAGGCCAUGGGUGGGAAGGAACCUAUCGGACACUAUCUUGGGAGAACUCUUUCUAAAGAAAGAGGAAUUGAUGCUCAGCUGGAUGAUAUGGGUUUGAGUUUUGUGAAGAACUCCAUCAGCGCCAUAGAGACGAGAGGUAUUAAUGACCAAGGCCUGUACAGAGUUGUUGGCGUAAGCUCCAAGGUCCAGAAGCUCCUCUCAUUAAUGAUUGAUGAGAAGAGCAAUGAUGUGGAUCUGUCUACUAGCGAGGACUGGGAUGUGAAGACAAUAACGAGUGCACUGAAGCUUUAUCUGAGGAGCCUUCCUGAGCCGUUGAUGACCUAUGGACUUUACAAAGAGUUUAUUAGCCCUGCAAAGGGCGGUAGUCCAGAGGCUCGCAUCCAAGCCAUCCACUGCCUGGUCCACAAACUACCGGAGAGGAAUCGACAAGUCCUCGGGCUGCUUAUGAAGCAUCUGGCCAAUGUGGCGGCUCACAGUCAACAGAAUCUGAUGACCGUGGCCAACCUGGGUGUGGUGUUUGGCCCCACAUUAAUGCGACCACAGGAGGAGACUGUCGCUGCCAUCAUGGAUCUUAAGUUCCAGAACAUUGUGGUGGAGAUCCUCAUUGAACAACAUGAAAAGAUCUUUGCAGAUGCUCCCGAGUCAUGCCCUCUUUCACCUGCUGCCCCAGUAUUCUCUGCUACCACAAGGCCGUCCAAGAAGCUGAAUCGACAGAAUCGGCCCCUGGCUGUCUACAAUCCACAAGCCCUUGAUAUUCAGAAUGUGUCAGCAGUGGGCGAUAGUUCCAGCCUAGCUACAGAUGAGACAUCAAUGGGCAGCAAUGAGUCUGUAUCAUCCCAGUCAUCUUCAGCGUCGGCCUCAGAGACAUCUACAGAGAGGAGCGACCAUGCCCCACUUAACACCACGCUCUGUUCAGGCAGCAACUCCAAGGCCCCCAUAGCAGGAGCCUCAUGGUCCACUCCUGGAGCGCCAGGAGAGAGCCAACCUGCUGCCACCACGGCUUCUUCUGAAAAAGAAAAUCCAGGGGAGAGAAAGAAUAUGAAAUAUUUAUCAGGGCAUCGUGUGUUGAAGGCACAACUUCUACAUGGUAAUGUUGCUGGCAUUCGAGAUAACGGUUUGCAAUGUGUCACCAGCAGGAAAGCCAUGGCAGUGUACCCAUGUGAGGCUGAGCACGACUCAGAGCUCUCCUUCCAGGUCGGUGCAAUAUUCAACGCCGUGACCCUGUCGAGAGAGCCGGGCUGGCUGGAGGGCGAGCUGGAAGGAAAGAGGGGCCUCAUCCCUGAAAACUAUGUGGAGAUGCUGUAGCCCCAAAUGAAAAAAAUUUCCAACAGGAAAAAUAUGCAAAGAUGGAUGUGCCUCAACUCUGACAUUCACAGUAGAGCCUUGUUUAUCCAAAUCCCUGAAUUCUGUCAAGCAGGUGACAAUAUGUUUGAUGCAUGUGCAAGCAUGAAUUUACUUUGGUCAGAAAUCCACAUGACUUUCAGCGUUGUAAUGAGUUUGCACUUAUAUUCUGCUGUUCACAAAGAUGCUGUAGCUUCUAAACAUGCAGGUAGCUUUGUUAGCAGCAGCACCAGAGAACGAGCGCCUCUCGGUUAAAGGCCUCACUCUCUCCCCCAGUUAUACAUGGUAUCCAUGAGCUCCCAAGUCAAAGAACGGUCCUCAGAAGGUGUAGGGAUCAAGGAAGGUCAGAACUCAAAUCACUGUAGUCCAUUUUCGUUAAGAUGUCCUGCAGCUUUAGACCGUCUUGACAAUGACGCACAGCUGGUUUUCAGCUUUUAAAAGAUUAGAGACACUGUCCCGAUCAUGCCUUAACCUUCAGAACACCCAGUGUAAAUGUAUGUACGGGUAAUGUGAAAAUGAUUUGGCAAGUUACUGCUUUACCUUUUAAAAUGUUGCAUAUUUCAUCCAUUUUAAGAAUAUUUGGAUAUUCAAAAUAAGGCACAUGACUAUUGUAACUUUAUUUUAUUUAAUUGGCACAAUGAUUGCAUGACUUUUGAAUUUUAAAUACACUCUGUGCUGUUAUGUUGUUAAUGCACUCCACAGAAACGCAGUUAAACGCCUCUUUGAUGCAUGAUUGAACUUCUUGUGUUUAACACUAGCAUCAGACCAAGUCAGCAAGGUAACUUUAAAUAGUUAAUGAUUGAAACCAAGUGUUGUCCCUGUCAAAUUAUCUGUUCUGUUUGUUUUUGAAGUGUAUUUUUAACGCUGUUCAGUUUUCCUCUGAGCAGAGAAAUGAGACACUGCCACAAAGUUGAAAUUUUAGUUUAUCGUUAUUUUAACUUUCAACUUCAGUGGAAUAAGUGAUUAGAAAUCAAAGCUUUUUAUCAAUAAGACUAAAGAAUGCAGUAUUUCAAAGUUUUACAUCCAUUCAACGUAUAAUUAUUGAAAGAGCUAUGACUGCCAAGUAUGUUUUACAAGUCUCUGUUAAGUGAUGGACAGGUUUGAAGUUUUUGGUUUUAGCAUGUACACACAUGUCCUAUUACAAUUCAUCCCUCAGCUGUUCAACAAGACACUCUAAUUUGUCUGAGAGCUUUGGUCCAGCAGACUGUGUUUUCAAUUGCAAUAAUUUAAGACACUGAUUUAUGACGUUUGUAAAGGGCCUUGACUUCUUUCAUUUUUAUACCUUUGGGUAUCUUCUUGAUCAAUGUUAAACAAAUAAAGAUUUUUUUGCUCUUUAC